AUGGAAGAGUACCCACCAUUCUCAGUCACAGCAGGUGAUCCCGAAGUAGAUAAAUCAGUACAGAAACCAGUGGAUCCAUCAUCAAUGAGUUUUGUUUAUAGCUGGAUGUUUUCAGUGAUAGCAUCACCAAUCGAAACCAAUAUAAGCACCGAUGAAGCAAACCAAGCACAACUACAACUCCAACAAUCACAAACAAAUCCAACAGACAUCUUUUCCAUUUUCAAUCACAACUUAAUACUGCCACCAUGUAAAAAGACUUUAAUUUUAGACCUUGAUGAGACCCUUGUCCAUUCUACACUGGCACCAGUUAACCACCAUCACCUUACAGUCAACGUUGUCGUUGAGGAUGUAGAGUGCACCUUUUACGUAAUUAAGAGACCUCACGUAGACUACUUUAUCGAAAAGGUUGCCGAGUGGUACAACGUCGUUGUUUUCACCGCUAGCAUGAAAGAGUAUGCUGACCCACUUUUAAACAAACUUGAUCCAAAUAGAUUAAUGAAAAAGAGAUAUUUUAGAGAGUCUUGUCUUGAAAAAGAAGGAAACUAUGUAAAGGAUUUAUCGUUAAUUCAACAAGAUUUGGCAACAACUAUCAUAGUAGACAACUCACCCAUUGCCUAUUCAAAUAACAUUGAGAAUGCUUUGCCAAUCGAUAAUUGGAUGGGAGAUAAUCCAUCUGAUCAAUCUUUGUUAACUUUGCUUCCAUUUUUAGAAGUACUGAGAUAUGUAAAUGACGUUAGAUCAAUUCUUUCAUUAAGAUUUAGCCAAUAA